CACGCUACAAACACACACACACUCUACACACUACAUACACACACUACACGCUACAAACACACACACUACACACCACAUACACACACUACAUACUACACACACACUACACACACUACACACUACAUCAAAUCAAAUGUUAUUUGUCACAUGUGCCGAACACAACAGGUGUAGACCUUACCGUGAAAUGCUUACUUACAAGCCCUUAACCAACAAUGCAGCUCAAGAAAUAGUUAAAAGAUUUACUAAAUAAACUAAAGUUAAAAAUAAAAUAAAUAGUAACACAAUAAGAUGACAUAACAAUAACGAGGCUGUUUACAGGGGGUACCGGUACCGAGUCAAUGUGCGGGGGUACAGGUUAGUCGAGGUAAUUUAUACAUGUAGAUAGGGGUAAAGUGACUAUGCAUAGAUAAUCCUGUGUAGCUCAGUUGGUAGAGCAUGGCGCUUGCAAUGCCAGGGUUGUGGGUUCGAUUCCCACGGGGGGCCAGUAUGAAAAAUGUAUGAACUCACUAACUGUAAGUCGCUCUGGAUAAGAGCGUCUGCUAAAAUGACUAAAAUGUGUAAUAACAGUUAUCAGUGAUCAGGCCUGCCACUGUCGUGUCGUCAGCAAACUUAAUGAUGGUGUUGGAGUCGUGCUUGGCCACGAAGUCGUGGGUGAACAGGGAAUACAGGAGGGGACUGAGCACGCACCCCUGAAGGGGCCCCGGUGUUGAGGAUCAGCGUGGCAGAUGUGUUGUUACCUACCCUCACCACCUGGGGGCGCCCCGUCAGGAAGUCCAGGAUCCAGUUGCAGAGGGAGGUGUUUAGUCCCAGGGUCCUUAGCUUAGUGAUAGCUUUGUGGGCACUAUGGUGUUUGAACGCUGAGCUGUAGUCAAUGAACAGCAUUCUCACAUAGGUGUUCCUUUUGUCCAGGUGGGAAAGGGCAGUGGGGAGUGCGAUUGAGAUUGCGUCAUCUGUGGAUCUGUUGGGGCGGUACGCAAAUUGGAGUGGGUCUAGUGUUUCUGGGAUGAUGGUGUUGUGAGCCAUGACCAGCCUUUCAAAGCACUUCAUGGCUACAGACGUGAGUACUACAGGGCGGUAGUCAUUUAGGCAGGUUACCUUCGCAUUCUUGGGCACAGGGACUAUGGUGGUCUGCUUGAAACAUGUAGGUAUUACAGACUCUGUCAGGGAGAUGUUGAAAAUGUCAGUGAAGACACUUGCCAGUUGGUCCGCGCAUGCUCUGAGUACACGCCCUGGUAAUCCGUCUGUGAAUGUUGACUUGUUUUAAAAGGUCUUGCUCACAUCGGCUACAGAAAGCGUGAUCACACAGUUGUCCGGAACAGCUGGUGCUCUCAUGCAUGCUUCAGUGUUGCUUGCCUCGAAGCUAGCAUAAAAGGCAUUUAGCUCAUCUGGUAGGCUUGCAACACUGGGCAGCUCGCGGCUGGGUUUCCCUUUGUAGUUCGUAAUAGUUUGCAAGCCCUCCCACAUCUGACGAGCGUCAGAGCCGGUGUAGUGAUUCAAUCUUAGUCCUUUAUUUGACGCUUUGCCUGUUUGAUGGUUCGUCUGAGGGCACAUACACACACUACACAAACACACUAUACACACACACACGGUCUCUUUACAUGCUACAUACACACACUACACACACACACUACAUACAGGUACUGCCAAAAUAAUGGAAACACUUGAGAUAAUGAUGGAUACUGAGUGAACACCUUCCUAAAACGCCCAGUUGAUUACAGAAACCAAACCUGUGAAAACCUCCUUUCACACAUUCCUCCUCUUCCUUUCCUUCUCAAGAUCCAGAGACUUCUACCACACCUGUUACUGUCUGAGUGGUCUGUCCGUAGCGCAGCACUUUGGCAACAUGGACCUGCACCACGAGCUGAUUGUCGGCCAGGAGGAGAACAGACUGGUGAGGCUCUAGGAGUUUUCGGGAAUGUUUAAUCCAGAUCAAAAUGAUCAUGCUCCCCUUUCUGAUUUGGACACGCUUUCUUGUUAAAUGAGUAUGAACAUCAUACAGUGUAUCCCUGAAGUGCACAGUUUCCCUGUUCCCAUACAUGACCCUGGGCACCCUAUCAUUCAAAAAGCUCCAUUGUUUACAUUUUAGUUGGUGGCCCACUCAAUUCACAUCUUACAGAGCAUGGCUUUAAAAAGGUAUGUUUUCUUCUCUCCAGGCCCCCAGCCACCCCGUCUACAACAUCUGUCCAGAGAAGGUAGCCCAGGCCAUCCGACACUUCCACCAGCUGCCCGUCCCCGUGCCUGCACAGAAAGAGGGGUCCUCGGGCCUGCAACGCUAACACUGACCACUCCUAGUGCUCACAGCGUAGGCAUGCCUGUAUAAGCGUAUUUGAGGGGGUCAAUUUGAGGUUGAAGGGCGAGGCGCAGAAUCGCUUAUCUUGAUCACAUGAAUAGUUAUUUGGGAUGCAAGAUUUGUAUAUAUCAGUGAUUCCUUUGCAGUACGACUGCAAUGAAUAACUCUGGGAUGAUACAGGAUCAGAUAUUUUUGUCAUCCCCCUUAGGAUUCAGGGUAAAUGUGUUCCUAGAUCUGUGGUUUGGGGCAACAUACAGCGCCUUCAGAAAGUAUUCACACC